GACCCCAUUCAACAGGAAGCUCGUCUAUCGAGGCUGCGGGUAUUUAAUAUUGCGGGGUAGCCGGUAGGCGUCCUGUAUGAUUUAUCACUAGGCUAAAAUCUCAUCCUGUGACCAUCUGAUCUCAGAUUUAUCCAUGACAGCAUGAACUUAGCUCCAGAGAAUCCCUCGGGCAACAAACUUCUGUAUGCCGGCUUCAACCAAGAUCAUGGUUGUUUUGCCUGUGGUAUGGAGAAUGGCUUCCGUGUGUAUAACACAGAUCCGCUGAAAGAGAAAGAGAGACAGGAUUUCAGCGAUGGUGGGGUUGCACAUGUGGAAAUGCUGUUUAGAUGUAACUACUUGGCCCUAGUUGGUGGAGGAAAGACACCCAACUACCCACCAAACAAAGUGAUGAUAUGGGAUGACGUAAAGAAGAAGCCCGUCAUUGAGCUGGAGUUUUCUGGUGAGGUGCGAGCGGUCCGGCUCAGGCGAGACCGGAUAGUGGUUGUCCUAGAUACCAUGAUCAAGGUCUACACGUUCACCCAGAAUCCUCAGCAGCUGCAUGUUUUCCAGACCUCAACAAAUCCAAAAGGUCUGUGUGUUCUGUGUCCGAACAGUAACAAUUCUCUGUUAGCGUUCCCGGGACGCAGGACAGGACAUGUUCAAGUUGUUGACUUAGCUAGCACCGAGAAGGACCCGGUAGACAUUGCUGCCCAUGACAAUGCCUUGAGUUGCUUAACGUUCAACCAUCAAGGCACAAGAUUAGCAUCUGCAUCAGAAAAGGGAACUCUUAUUAGGAUAUUUGACACAAGUAACGGGACCCAACUACAAGAGCUGAGACGAGGCUCAGGCAGUGCCAACAUUUACUGUAUCAACUUCAACCAAGAUUCUUCACUGCUGUGUGUUUCAAGUGACCAUGGCACUGUCCAUGUAUUCGGAGCAGAGGACCCAAGGAAGAACAAACAGUCGAGCCUUGCAUCUGCCAGUUUCCUGCCCAAAUAUUUCAGUUCCAAGUGGAGUUUCUCCAAGUUCCAGGUUCCAGGCAAUGCUCAGUGCAUCUGUGCAUUUGGUGCCGACUCCAACUCAGUCAUAGCAAUCUGUGCCGAUGGUAGCUACUUCAAAUUUGUCUUCAACCAGAAAGGGGAAUGCAGCAGGGAAGUAUAUGAAAACUUCCUAGAAAUGACUGACGAGAAGAUGUGAAAUGUAUAACCCCCCCUUCUGUGAGACCCCACCCCCAUUCAGUAAUUUAGGAGCUGAUGUUGUGGUAGGGUGCCACGCAGCAUGAAAUCUCCCCGCCUGAGGGUAUUAUCGGAAACAUGCCUGAGGCUGGAAUCUGUUUUAGUAGCUUUGUAAAUAUAAUAAUUAUGUGAAUUUUGUAGCAGUCUGUUUUUAUUCCACUUGAAAAUAAAUAUCAUCACAGUCCUGAUCGGACAGCUUGAGCAAAGCACAGUCCUGAUUGGACAGCUUGAGCAAACCGCAGUCCUGAUUGGACAGCUUCAGCAAACCACAGUCCUGAUUGGACAGCUUCAGCAAACCCCAGUCCUGAUUGGACAGCUUCAGCUCAUUAUUGAAUGUGAAUGAAAAGAUUUUACAUACGUGCUCAACAUUCAUGUUGAGAGUGAGUACUUUAUUCAAAUAAUAAAGCAGACCUACAGCGGGGCCUGCAUUGUCUGCUUGUGGCAAUUCAAUGCAUGUAUUUCCAUACCCGGUUAGUCAGCCAUGACGUUGUGUUUGAUUACAUGCAGCUGACCAUUGAAGCAGACUUUUUAGUGUUGCAUAUCUGUUGGCAGACCUGCACACUCUUUGCAUACUAAUCAAGGCCCAGUUUUCCUGGUGACAUGAAGUAGGAAUCUAUGCGUACAUGUACUUACACACAGAAUGUGCUGUUAAAAUAGUCAGUCUAGGAAGUCUGUGGGCCAGUCUGGGCUGGUGCAUUAUUUUAGAAUGCAUGGUGGUUCUGAAUCUUUCAGGUUGCAGUUUCAGGAAUUGGCAUGUUGGCGGACGCUGCAUAAGGUAAUCCAUUGUAACACUAAAUGAUGCCAAUGACUGAUUCACAGAAUUGAAUAUUUUUAUUGCUUACGUCUAGAACUCUUCGUUUGCACUGUGGUAGUUUCCUCGUUACAUACAACCAAAGCUUCUGAUGAAAAUCAGAAUUCUUCUUUAGAUAUUGCCAGUUGGACAGGAAGUUUUUGGUUGUCAUGGCCCAAACGGCUGAGCCGUUUUGUGCCGGUCUCAGGCUGCUUUUUUUUUGUACCAUCAGACUUCAAAGUUGUUAUCACAAGAAUAAGUCUCAUAGUGCCAUAGGAACAUCAAAUAAGAUGCACAGAGCAAAAUAUUGAAGUACAUUAAUUCAAUUUGAAUGCUUCAGGCCUACAGUCGGGGAUUAAUUUUAAAGAUGUAGCCUGAGACGCAGACAGGGUCAAGCUUUAGAAAAUGGCCCUGCUAUAUUUAGUAAUAGUUCAUUCCUAUAUUGUUUGUUAUAUCUCACUUUUUUUUCGGCCAGUAACGCUUGAUUACGACUUCAUUUUAGCUUUGUUUGUGUGUUAAGCUUUGCCUGGUAUGUUGUAUAAACAGUCCUUUAAAUCGACUGUGAAUCAAACAGCAAUAGUUGAAAAUAAACAAAUGAAAUAAUACAUUGCCAUGAGAUGAAUUACACUGUAAAGUAUAAUAUGAAAAUUCAUGCAGUCCAAACUUUGCCAAAAUAUUUUUUUUAUUUUGACCUUGUAUUUUAAAAUGUCAAGUCAAGAUCUGUGAUGCAUAUUUUGCGAGCAAUUCUUCUCAGUGUGUUGAACUUACUUUCACAAUUGUACGAUUGCUUUAUGAAAAAGCUAGAAGCUUCCCCAGAUGUUGUUAUUAGAUGCAAACCCCUUUGUAAGGUGUUAUUAUUCAGUUUCACCUUGAGAUAAUGUUGGAAUCAGGAACUUUGCAUAAAUUGUUCAUGUGUGCCGUUUUGCCGAUCAUCAACGACCAUUUCAUUUGGUUGUAUCGCAGUCAUCCUGUUUGAUUUAUUCUGGAAUCUUAGAAGGCAGAAGGGCAUACACAUGUUUGUAAAUGUUGACGACUUUAAAGUAAAACUGAAUUGGUGAUGUUGAUGAACAAGAAAUCCACAUGGCAAAUUCAUUAUAGUUUUGAUUGAUUCUGGGAGGCAAACUGUUCUGUUUUGUUUGUUCAUGGCAUGUAAAGGAAGACCAUGAUUUUCAUUGGCAGUAUUUUGCCAUCAAGUAGUGUUCCCAGCAUGGUACCUUUGCUGAAUGGGGCCUGAAUUAUAACCCCCCCCCCAUCACAUCUUUGAUGCAUAAUGCUUUUAUUUUGCUGAAUUGAAAAUCAUGGUCUUUUCUUUUCAAUAUAUCAACGAGAGUCUUCAGCACCAUCUUUGUAAUCGCACCCUCCUCAUUCAAUGUGAUAGCCUUACAAAAGCUCUAAAUUCUGCUGGGAAAUUUUGUCGAUAACUGUAAAUAUUUAUCAAAGCAAGCAUACAUUUUUUGGUGAAAUUAUUUACUUUCGAGUAAGGAGUGGUCAUUACAAUUUCCCUCAAAUACCUGACCGUAAGCAGUAAUUGUCGAAAGAAUUUUAUUCAUGCCCUCUGUACACUUGAAAAACUGUGGUGUUAAAUUCGUGUUAAUUUACGGGGAUGAGAUUUGCUCGGAGUUCUCCUGAUUUCAGGAUCUUUCCGUCAGGAUUUCCAUGUUUUCUGGAUUUUCAACCAAUAUCUUAUAAAUUUGGAAACUCUUUAGUUUACCAUUUCAGUUAUUGUAAGUAUAAAAGUUGAUGUACAGUGUUUGCAUAGCUGCCAUCUUUCAGGCAAAUACUAUUUCACAAGAUGCAUGUAAAGGAGGCUUCCCUUUCGAAAAAAGAACUACCCUGCAACAUGGUUACCACGCAAAGCCUCUACAGGACACAACAAAUCGUUAUACCAUAAGGGGUACAUAUGGGCAAUUGAAAUGCUGCUGUGGGGUUUUAAAAACCGCUGGCGAUGUAUUUCCUAGAUAUUUCAUUGUUGUCCAAUCUCAACCCUGAAUUUAACACCCUCGAUGUUAUUAGAGGAUUAAACCCAGUCUUGUGUGGUCCUCGGGUAACACCACAGUUUAUGCAGUUGAUCAGUUCCAAAAGUUUAGUAAAGAACUACAUAAGGCCUAUACCUUCUCUUUUAUGCUGUAUAUACCAAAUGUUCAAUACAUGUACGAAGAUUAUUUUCAAGUUAUUCAACUAUGCGUAUUUUUUGCAGCACCACAGAUGGCCAUGUUUUUAUUUCAACUUUUUAAAUACUUCCUGCCCGAUCAGUGAUGUCCAUCUGGCCGAUAUUUUAAAUUGGAUUCGUGUUUCUCGGCAGUUAAUAACACAUAAUGACCUUUCGUUUUACCAGCAGUUCCUGAAAAGUGACAAAAUAAUCAUGAGCAGUCGCAGAUAUUUCAAAUAAAAACCGAUAUUGACGGU